CUCUCCUCUGCGCCCCCUUCCCGUCACAUCGCCCCUCGCCCGCCCCUUUUUCCUGCGAUCGUGCCCCUCCCUCGCCCCUUGUCCCGAUCGGCCCCGACUCUCCACCUGAACCAUGUCGCACCCUGCCCUGAACAGCGCGGUGAAGAACUUCCCGGCCUUGACCUUGUACCGGCAGAUCUUGCGCGCGCACCGCGCCCUGCCGAUGAACUUGGCCGCCAUCGGGAAUGCCUAUGUCCGGGAUGAAUUCCGCCGACACAAGGAGGCCGACCCGAAGUAUGUGGCCGGUUUCAUGGCCGCCUGGACGGACUACCUCAUCUCGCUGGAGUCUCAGCUGAAGGCCGACCGUCACCGCGUCGGCACGCACCUGGAUAUGAACACCCUGGACAAGAUGUCCGACGAGCAGAUCGGCCAACUGAGCGAGCUCAAGGAGGAGUCCGUCAAGCCGGUCCUCUGAUGGACCCCGCUCAGCAGCACCUGGACCACGACCGGGUCGAGCCACGGAUAUAUAUAUAUAUAUAUAUAUA